AGAAAACAUCAGUAGCACUCGGAAUCUCGGCUCGCAAACAGGUUGCUGUCGCAAUGAGGAAACUGCAAAUAUUGGGAUUUCUGUGCCUGGUGGCUUCUGUAACCCUUGGCACUUCUUUCGCUUAUCCCAGGGCAAAGACCUCGUAUGUAAAUGACUUUGUCUUUCCCACCGAUGAGGUGGACGUCAUUCGCCCUUGGCAUCAGUACACAAAUGCGAGAGACUUGAAAUUGGCCAAAUGCACUGACUUUCGUAUGGAAGACUCCUCUGGCAGUGCUCGUUUGAUCUUCAUCAGCUACAGAAAAGUGGAGGAUCCUCUGCAGAGCCUAAAAAAGGUGCUAAAUGGUGAACUUAAUCUACCGGAACUUGUGGAUAGCCUAAAUGUAGUGAGCCGUGGGAAAAACCGCUUGGUUUUCGAGCUGCCAAGCGCUCUGGAUGCUCUUUUCACACUGAACAGUUACUGCAAUUUAUAUCACGAUCGUAACGAUUCCAACUAUGAAAUCAUCAACGUUGAGAAAUGAUCAAACCCGAUAUUAGUCUACAAAGUUGCACUGCUUAAUAAACUGUGCUUAGUGAUGCAGAUGAUUUUCAAA